AUGUUCCUCUCCCGCUUGAACUUCUGCCGGGCGCCUUCCGCUCUUCACCUCCUCACCGCUGUCGUUACGGCGGCACCGACCAUGAUCGAUGUUGAGAAGGGCAAGGCCACCUCCAGGGUGCCUGAGGCCAAAGAGUCACGCUCUCGAAAGUGCCCCUUUUUCUUUGCCUUGCUCCUCCUCUGCGCCGGUGUCACCAUUGGCAUUAUUUGCGGAUACUUUGGUUUUUCUUGUAAUGAGCCUUCCGAUGAUCACCCUGUCGAGUCUGCAAUCGCUAUUCCGGCUGCUGGUACCCAUCACAAGGCCCGUCGUGGUCAUCCUGCUGGUGUCUCAUACCCUAUCUCAACCAAGACUGCAUUGUCUACCAUCUAUGAGGUCAGACAUACUCCCACUCUUGAGAUCGAGACUGUAUUCGAGACUGUCACUGGCACUACCUAUGUUACUGCCCCUGCCGAGGUCUCCAUUUCCGUCUCAGCCACCACUUUCGAGGACACUACCGAGUACUGUGAGGAUCAGGCCGUUAUCAUGACAGAGUCUGUUACCAUCACUGUCACCCCUGACGAAAUUCCUGCAGCUACCUCUGCUGCUCUCCCUGGAACGCCUGUCACUGUCACUGAAGAGCCCCAAACGGUUACAGAGACCGAAAUCGAUACUUCGGUCACUAGCGGUCUUCCAGAUGCUGUUGUCACUGGAAAUCCAGAGACUGUCACAAAAUCCGAAACCGACACCUCGGUCACUAGCAACCUUCCGGAUGUCACCGUCACUGGCAAUCUAGAGACCGUCACUGCCACAGAAGUUGACACCUCGGUCACCAGUAGUCUUCCAGAUGCUGUUGUCACUGGAAAUCCAGAGACUGUCACAAAAUCCGAAACCGACACCUCGGUCACUAGCAACCUUCCGGAUGUCACCGUCACUGGCAACCUAGAGACUGUCACAAAGUCAGUGACCGACGCCGCACCCACCGAUAGCGUCUUCACAACCAUAACCGUCUCAAACAUCUUCCCCCCUGCGCCGGAAAGCACUGUGACGUCGUGCACUACAUACAUUCUGACACUUCCUUACCUGAAACCUACAACCAUCGCCGGUGUUCCUCCUAAAAGCACAUUCACCACGACGAUCUACGAAACCGAGGGUGAUGCUUAUACCUCUACCACGACUGUUUUCGUCCCCGCGUCCCCUUACCCUCCUUACCCAACCGCUAAUGACACUUUGUUGCCUGAUAGCACCGGCAACAGCCCCAUUGUGCCUCACAUGCCCACUCCCACUCCAGUCAUUAUCUCCGGCGGCACCAAGAAGCCCGAGCCUCGAGGUUGGGGUGGCACCAGCGGAACCACCAACCUCAGCUGCACUGUCAUGCUUGUUACUGCUAUCAUGUUUCUCCUUUAA